AUGGCGGCGGGACGCGGCGGGGGCCGGAAGGGGGUGACGGUCGCGCUCCUCUUGCUCGCUGUGCUGACGCCGGCGGGCGCCGUCCCAGCUGCCGCUCUCCCUGUAGUAAUCAACACCUGGGCGUUUAGGACGGCCGCAGAGACAGCUUGGAGAGUAUUAGAGUCGGGAGGUUCAGAGCUGGAUGCGGUCGAGAGAGGCUGUGGUCAGUGUGAGAUCGAUCAGUGCGAUGGGAGCGUGGGAUACGGAGGAAGCCCAGAUGAAAGUGGAGAAACAACUCUGGAUGCAAUGAUUAUGGAUGGCAACACUAUGGAAGUUGGGGCUGUUGCGGAUCUCAGGCAUGUGAAAAAUGCAAUUGGUGUAGCACGAAAGGUCAUUGAGUACACUAAGCAUACAUUACUAGUGGGAGAGUCAGCCUCCCUGUUUGCUGUAAGAAUGGGGUUUCCAUAUGAAGAUUUAACUACCCAGAAAUCCCUUUCACUGUAUUCAGAGUGGCUUAAUCAAAGCUGUCAGCCAAACUACUGGAAGAAUGUGGUGCCAGACUCUUCAAAAUCCUGUGGACCAUAUAAACGGCGUGAAGAAAUAACUUGUAAAGAAGAACAGUCCAGCUCACAAAGAAGUGUUCAUAACCAUGAUACUAUUGGUAUGGUUGUAAUUGGUGUGAGUGGAACCGUUGCUUCCGGGACAUCUACUAAUGGUGCAAUCCACAAACUUCCAGGCCGUGUCGGAGAUUCUCCGAUAGCUGGAGCGGGAUCCUAUGCAGACAGUACAGCCGGAGGAGCUGCAGCCACUGGGGAUGGUGACAUCAUGAUGCGCUUCUUACCCAGUUAUCAAGCUGUGGAAUAUAUGAGGAUGGGAACAGACCCAACAGUGGCCUGUCAGAAAGUUAUUUCCAGAAUCCAGAAGUAUGCUCCAGAGUUCUUUGGUGCUAUCAUUUGUGCCAAUACAACUGGAAGUUAUGGUGCUGCAUGUAAUAAAAUUCCAGGGUUCACUCAGUUUCACUUCAUGGUUUCAAGCCCUUUGCUAAGUCGACCAACUGAGCAAGUAGUAGACUGCAUGUAAUUUCUUUUGUCCUAUUAGAAUCUCAACUUGGAAGAGGACAGUGAUAAAUUCCACCUUAAAAUUGCUUCUUAAAAUGGUUGUUUCUAGCAGUUAAUGGCUGUUAUGGUCUGAUUGUUUUCCUAAGAACUGAGUAGCCAGAUGUGAUGAAUAGUAACCAUUGAACAGGCCCUUUGCCUUGCCAUGUAAAAAUAUAUUUGUCAGAUGUUUGGAAUAACAGGCUGGAAGUGGAACUAUGACUCUAUACAUAAGACUCAUGUUGAGAAUAUUUAAUUGUCUUUCUAAGUUUUAGUCCAGAUUUUCUUUUCUCUUGAAAAAAAAAAUUCCAUGAAAAUGCUAGCACGCAAUGAAGGGGGCUUAAGGAGUAGUGGAGACUGUUUCAAAGCUUCAAUGAAGUGAUAAGAAGUCCUUAUGGACCGUUCUAACUUGUUCCACAACAGCUGGGAAUAUGUUUGAAUGGAGAGUACAUAAAAGCAUCCCUGGUAGUACAAACCUUCAAGGAACUUUGCUUGACUGACUGGAUGUGAAGACAAUUGGAAAUCAUCCUGUCACCUCUUUUUUGUAGUGGAAGUUAAGUUAUGAACCAUAAUCACAGUGAUUUCUUUGUCAGUAAUGUGCUGUGCACUCACCCUGUCCUACAGCACAUUAACCUCUGCAAAGGAGCAGUUGAAUGCCUAGAGUAUGACAGUUACCUACGGGUUUUGUCACUUUCUGUGUCUAGGGACACCAGGAUUCAUUUGUAAUAGAACUUUAGCAUCAUGAGGAUUAUUGCACAGGUAUUUGAAGAUAUGUUUGAUCAUUCUCUUAAAUUGGUGGCUUGCUGAUCAUUUGAUGGAAUCUUUGCUAAACUUGAGCUAGGAAAUGGCAAAAGGGGUAGCAAGUGAAAAGAGUGUGUCUUGUCACUCUAAUUAUUCUCUGUCUACUUAAAUAAAAUCAUUCGGUGAUAAAAGCAGACCUUAAUGUAUUAAUGAAGUUGCUUGAAGAUGCUUGUGUACUGUGCCUUAGAUUGAUUGUUGCUUUCUGUUUCAAGUUGGUAUCUUUAAAAGCUGGAAAUAAACCAUUCAAAUUAGAAUGGCUAUCUUUAAUGGCCUGCUACUGAAUUUCAUCAACAAAGUGAUUUACUCAGUUCUGUCACUGGAUCCUCAGACCAUGUUGUAGCAGUAUUCGCUGCAGGCCACAGAAAGAAACUCCUACUGUCAGAGAAACUCCUACUGAAUAAAUCUGUAAUGGCUUAAGAUAAGUUUUCUACCUGUGCUACCUACAAUCCUUCUGCCAUGGCUGCUCUAUCUUCAGAUAACUCAGGCAGUCCAGUGCAAAUAGAUUAACAAAAUCCCACUGAUUGCUACUUUGAAGAUUGCAUUAUGGAUUAUGAAUGUAGAAGGUUCAGAACUGGGAGCUGAACGGUAAUGUCUCAAAUUGCUGCUGCUGACAGCAGGAUUUCCUCCAGGAUUAAUUUCUGAAGUAGGUUUGGGAACAUCCAUAGCUUGCUUUCUAGAGUGCUUAUGCCACUCUGUACUAGCUAGUCUAUGGCAGUGAAAGUUAUGAAUGCCCUGUAACAGUGUACCUGAAAGUCACUGUUAGCACAGUGCUAACUUCCUACAGUCUGUGCUGAUUGACAGCAGCUGAACGUGAGCCAGCUGUAUCCAGGUAGCCAAGAAGGCAUCUUGGCCAGUAUCAAAAAUAGUGUGGCCUGUGGGACCAGAGCAGGGAUUGUCCCUCUGUACUUGGCACUGGUGAAGCCACACUUUGAGUGCUGUGUCCAGUUCUGGGCCCCUCACAACACAAGGGGCAUUGAAGGGCUGGAGUGAUUCCAGAGAAGGGGAAUGGAGCUGUUGAAGGGUCUAGAGAGUAAAUCCUAGGAGUGGCUGAGGAAGUGGGGUUGUUUAGCCUGGAGAAAAGGACGUUCAGGGGAGACCUUAUUGCUCUCUACAACUGCCUGAAAGGAGGGUGUAGUAAGGUGGGAGACAGCCUCUUUACCCAGACUACCAGUGACAGUACAAGGGGAAAUGGCCUCAAACUGUGCCAAGGGAACUUAAGGCUGGAUAUCAGGAGAAGUUUCUUAACUGGAAGGGUAGUUAAGCAUAGGAAUGGGCUGCCCAGGGAGAUGAUGGAGUCACUAUCUCUGGAAGUGUUUAAAAGACUGGACAUAGCACUUUGUGGUACGGUUUUGUUGGCAUGGUGAUGUUUGCUGAAAGGUUGGACUUGGUGAUCCUGGAGAUCUUUUCCAACCUUACUGAUUUUAUUAUCCUAUGAAGAUUACUUGUCUCCAUGAGACAUAGGUACUAAUACAUGUGAUUUGAUAAUGUGGAUUGCUUUGUGAUGAUGCAUUAGUGAUAAAUGAAAGGCUUACUUUGUGUAAAUUAUUUGGAUAUAUCAUUAAUUUGACAGUAUAUUAAAUCAUAAUAUUGACAAUGUACCAUUCUGAUGUUAUGGACAGAAUUCAGAAUUAGAAAAAUAUCAUGCUUGAUAUUUUGUCUUAAAAUAUUUAAGGUUGUUAAUGGUGUUCUGUUACACUUAGGACACACAUUGUUUUAGGAAAGAUAAAUAUCAAGUACAAACUCCUGUCAAAAGUAAGCAAAAUUUGGGACAGUUUCUGUUGGGGUUGCAAAAAAGUAUUUUACUGUUUUCGAUUUCAGUUUUUACUACCCAACUUUUACGACACAGAGUAUGAUGAUUUGUGAUUUACUGGUUCAAUUGAAUGCCUCUGUCUGUAAAGCUGUGGGGAUUUUUUAAGUUCAUUAGCUUCUUUUUAGCCUUUUUUUCUGUUUCUAAAGACAGAAAAAGAAUCUUUGCUCAACAGUCUGACUAAAAGUGAGCUAUGCUCUGUUUUU